UAAACUCUCGCGACAUUUGGUGUGAGCCAAACAGCAUGAGAGAUUUUUACGCGCUAUCCUGAAGCUAGCUUUCAGCCUAGCUAGCAAGAUAACAUCAAUUUCCAGCAGCAAAUUCCGAAUAAACUCAUCACAAACAAAACCACGGUGAAGUGAAGACGAGACUCCCAACAAUGGACUGUGACGAGGACACCACCAUGUUUUCCACCUUGAAGUCCUUCAACUCCUUCAUCGGCCGCUCCGGGCGUUCGCCCCAGUUGUCGGGAGCCUCGGCGGUGCACACGACCAACCUGCAGAACCAGUACAAGCGCAGCAUGGAUUUCUUGGAAGCGGCCGAGAAGGUCCAGUCGCGCAGUCGCUACCUGGAGUUGGAUCAGGAGAAGAAGCAGAUGGAGCUGAGUCACAAACGCAUUCGCGUGGAGCUGGAGAAAAGUGCCAGUGAUACAGCGUGCAACUUGAAGCAAUUGGAGGAAAAGAACAGCGAAAUGGCGUCACGGCUCAAGAAGUCAGAGGAGCGCGAGACGGAGGCCGUCAAGAAGCUGGCCCAGCAAGUGGAAGCCAACCGAGAGCUCGGCAAGAACCUGGAGGGCCUCGGCAAGAAGCUGGAUGAGCGAGAUGCCCAACUCGACACGGCUAACCAGACCGUCAUCGGCCUGAAGGACGAGAUCCGUGAGCUGAAACAGAAGGUCCAGAACCAGGACUCUGUCAUUUUCACAAAGACGUUGGAGAAGCAGGCGCUGCAGGAGCAGCUGGAUUUACAGCGCAGGAACUACCAGGAGAUGUCUGAGAUGUGCCAGAGACUCCAAGCGGCGCAGUCCACCUGCUCCGAGCAUGUCAUCAAGAUCAAGGAGUUAGAAAGGCGUCUCGCUCUCCAGGAGGAGGACUUCGCCAUCGUGAAGAGCAUCAAGUCGGAGGCCAGCAGGGUGCCCGACCUGGAGAAGGAGCUCAAGCGCUUCAGAGAGGAGAACAUUUUCCUCAGAGAGAGGAGAGAGAAUUGCAGCCUUCUGAAAGAGGAGGCGGAGGGCCUUAAGAGGAAGCUGGAACGCGUGGCCAAGACCAAAGAAGAUUUAGUCAACAUGGAACUGGAGAAGGAGAGGUUGACCGAGAAGGUCAGAGCAUGGGAGAAUCUCGGCCAAUCGACUGGACUCAACAUCAGGAAACCCGAGGAUCUGUCCAGGGAGGUGAUUCAGAUCCAGCAGAAGGAAAUUGCCCUGAAAGAACAGAACUACACACUCAGCAGCCGCGUUCGCAGCAUGGAGCGCUCGCUGUCCGAGCUGCAGGCGGAGCUGUUGCAGCAGCGCGGCAAAACGCUGGAGGAGCAGAAGAAGCGCGAGACCCACGAGGUGCUCCUGCGCCGGCUGCAGAAGAGGUUGAUGCUACUCACCAAGGAACGCGACGGCAUGCGCUCCAUCCUGGAGUCGUACGACAGCGAGCUGGCGCCCGCCGAACAUUCGCCGCAGCUCGCCAAGCGUCUGAAGGAGGCGGAUGAAUUGCUGCACAAGACGCAGGACCUCAACACGGAGAUGGAGGUGCAGCUGGCCAAAGCGCAGGACGAGAGCGCCACUCUCAAAUUGCAACUUCAGACGAUGGAGUUUGAGCUGGAUUCUCUGAAGAAGCUGCAGGCCUCGACAGACGGCGGCUCCUCGGUGAGCAAAGAGGAGGUCACCAUGCUCAGGCAGAAAAUUGAAGCUCUGGAGGCGGAGCGGCAGCGUUUAGAGGAGCAGAAGGAAACGCUGGAGAUGAGACUGGAGAGGCACAACCUCCAGGGCGACUACGACUCCGUCAAGACCCGCGUGGUUAACUUCAAGAUGAACCCCACCGCCGUGGCCAAGCAGCAGCGGCAGCAGGAGUUCGAGGCCCUGCGGGAGGAAGUGGAGCGCCUCCGCGACGUGGUGCGCAAAGGGCAGGAGAGCGGCCACGUGGAUGCCGCCCUGCAGGAGGCCAAACUUAACCUGCCGCCGCCCAAGGAGGUCCAGGAUUUGCUGAAGCAAAUCAAGGCGUCGGAGCUGAAGAACCAGCGUCUGAAGGAGGUGUUCAAGCAGAAGAUCCAGGAGUUCCGCACCGUCUGCUACAUCUUGACCGGCUACCAGCUGGACAUCCCCAUUGAGAAUCAGUACCGGCUCAUCUCCGUCUACGCCGAGCACGUGGAGGACUGCUUGGUCUUCAAAAAGGGUCUGUCGGGAAGCAUAGAGCUGAUGGAGACGGCGUACACGCGGACGCUGGGCGAUCUGGUGGCGCUGCACCUGCACCAGCAGAACAGCAUCCCCGUCUUCACGUCCACCCUGACCAUCGACCUGUUUGCGCGGCAGACUGUCAUGACCUGACCGACGCCUUUGAGGAGGAGAGUCGAAGGCCCGCGGGAUGACCCAUCACUUCUUCUUCUCCUACCUGUCGAAACUUUCCUUUGUGGAUGUGAGCGUGUCCCCCUCAAAAGAUAGCAGAACCUUACCGGACGGUACAAAUGAUUGCAGGCAGGCAGGCGAGUGAGUAAAGUAACGUCGAUCUUUAUUGUGCUCUUUUGAAUCGUUUAACAAGAAAGAAAUGAAAGCGUCCGACAGACUCGAGUCUCUUUGCCGAGGAAUUCACAGCGUGUCCCACGUCAAAACGGGAUCUGGCCAGUCCCGCUUUCGAGGCGUUCCCGUUUUUGUCGCCGAUGACCUCUGAGAGUCCAACCGAAAGGCGGCUGCAAUGGCAACGUUGGCGCUGCGCUUAUAAAACGGCAGUCGGAGGAAAGCCAGUCCAGUUGGGAAAACAAAAGAUGACUAGAAACACAAGAGAUUCCUUUUUUUUUUUUUUUUAAGGCUGCUGUUGAGUUGAAGCCACAAUCCGGCUGCCACCGCCUUCGACUGUGCUUUGUGACCCCGCCCACCCCACAAAAAACAACAAAUACAAUUUGCCUUUCCUUUCUUGUCAACGUGUUCUCAGGAGAAUUUCGUACAGGUUGGCACAAAGAGUUAAAGUAGGCCACAAUGGUAGACUGAAAUUCUCAACUAAAAGUCACUCCAUUGCCUUGAGCCUCAGUGUAGACAAAGAAAUAUGAAAAGAUUCCAAACAAUGUUCUUUCUGGAAGUGUCAGAAUCAGACAAAAACUUAGCUAACCAAUCAGAGAAGCUACUGCACCGAGCCCUAGCCUGACAAAAACCCAAAGCCCAACCUGAAUCCCAUCCAAAAACCUGAACACAACUGGAGCCUAAAAAGAAUCUUCAGAAAAAGAGCACAAACACGAAGCCCAAGCCGAGCAAUCCAAAAUAAUCCUGACAACAAAGCUAAGCUAGUGAGUUAGGUCUAAACUAGCGAACAAGAACUUUGACCCUAACCCUAAAUAAGAAGCCCAACAAUGUUGCUGACCUAAGCAAAACCCUGAUUUUAGCAAGCCCAACCCGAGCAAGAACAAUCCUGACAACAAAGCUAAGCUAGCUCACAAGAAGCCUUCCAGCAGCCCUAAGCCUAAACAAGAAGCCCAACAAUGUUGCUGAUUCUAGCAAGAACCUUGACACUAACGCUAAGACCCUUAUGCUAGCAAGAACCCCGAGAGCAACCUAAACAUUAGCAAGUUCCCUGACAGCCCAAACAAACGCCUCUGCCCAUCACUACAAUGUGAACUUUCUUUUUAUAUUUCCCCCCCCCACACACAUUUUGACUUCCUAAUGUGCAAAAUGAAUCACUUUGUAUUUCUCGAUUUGAUUUGUCCUUCCAAUUGACGACGACCACAUUCUCGUGAGAACACGCUCAUUUCGCCGUUUUUGCACAAACAUCUUUUCCCUCGACUUUAUCGCUAUUGACAACAACUUUUUCCACUUGUUCCAAAUAAAAGGAAGAGGGAAAAACUUUUUCUUUAAACGUUGAUGAUCAUAAAUGCUCAAUCAAGUCUGCCAGGGCAAAUCGAGCCUUUAUGUUCUUGAAAAACUCCUUCCGUUCGCUUGUUGGCAAAGAAUACAUUCACCUGCGUUUGCUUCUGUGUGUGUUCAAUGUGUGUGUGUGUGUGUGUGUGUGUGUGUGGGGCUUUGAGGGUUUGUCAAUUGCUUUAGCACAGUACUUUGGUCUUAAGGAUGAUUGGCUGCUUGGAAAUGUGACGCCUUCUUGUGCAAUUUCACAUUUGGCAAAUCGCGUGUGUGUGUGUGUCUGUGUGUAGAAUUGUUAUGAUUUGUCAAGUUUGGCACAACGGCACCACAGUGGAACCAAAUGUUUAACGUAGUAGACAAAACAAGAAAAAGCAAGGACGAAAUACAAUUUAGACAACAGGACGCCGCUGUUGCUAUGAGACACAGUGGAGCUACGGCAUUUUUUUUUUCCCCCCGGAGAGUUCCAAGCUCUUUUUCCCUUUCAAAAGUUUUUUUGAAUUUUUGAACAGUGCAGUUUUUUUCCCACUUUUUUUUUUAAAAUUUUGUGGGAAUUAAAGACAUUCAUUUGAAGUUUUUUUUUAAAAUCAAAAAAACUUGAGCUAACUAGCUAACUCGGUGUUGGGAGAAAAGUCUGAAACAUUUCAAAAAACAUCUGUUGCAAAUAUAGAGUGAAUGUUCGAGAACCGUUUUGUAUCCUCCGUUGAAGUCCUCCAGGUAGGAAGGGGGCGCUCUUCCAUCCCAUCCUUUGCCACAUUCAAACAAUUGACGAUUAUAAUCAUAGGAACAGUAAGAAGAUAAGAACAAUCCAUAUCAAUAAUAAUAAUCAUAGUAACAUAUUUGUUUUCUCAAAUCUUUAAAUUCUGUAUAGAAAACCGCUUGGCAAGUCCGAAGGAACAUUUGGCACGUUAUACGCUGCUCACUUUGGCCCCUUUCUCGCCACAUCUUCCUGAUGGCGCAGUUUUGAGGUGCUGAAAAGCCAACUCAGCAGUCGGAAGAGAGGAAAACCAGGGACUCAAACUGGGCGCCGUAAUUUGGGCGUGGCAAAUGACGAAUCCACUUGAUAGUGCCGGCCGGUAGUUGGUACUAGCCAGGUACUAGAAGUAGUACCUGUUUUUUGUUCCCUGUGGAAACGCAUCAAUAGAAAGUUGAGUGGCUUGCAGGGGGAAGGGGACACUAACGUUGCCUGGCAACCCAUUCUAAAAUUGUGUCCAGUCCUUUAAAAUGUCUCUCGGAAAACGGUCCUUGUUGGUUCCCUAGACACAAGAUCCUAAAAAAGUAGGCUAGGCUGCCAUGUUAAGCUUUUCUCCUUCCUCUGUGAAAACAUACAAACAGCUACAUAUGUUUCAGCUAUGAGUUCCAUUAGAUUAAAAAUAAUCUAAGUUAUGAUUUUUA